GGGGGCUGCGAGGGAAGGCGACGCGCAGGUGGAGCCGCGCCGAGCCGAAGCGCGCAACCCUGGCGCAGGCGCCGCGGCCCGAGCUGAGGUUGCGGCCGGGAACUCAUUCGGGGACGUCCGAGGGUCGCGAGGAGGUGGUAGCGAGCGGAGUGGGCUCCCGUUUGCUGCCCCCAGGGCCUGGGAGAUUGUUCCGCUUUCUGCAGUCUGAGCGUGGUCGCUUCGGCCCCGGGCUGCUAGCCCUGCGGGAGGGGAGUGCGACUGCCUGGCUUCUGGACCCCUCGCGCGUGUUCCCUUCUCUUGCCUCCCUCCGCCCAAUCCGAAAGGCGGGGAGAGGUGGUUUCGGCUCCGCUGGUUCCUCCCGGAGGUGGGUGUUUGGUGUCUGGCCUUGCUGCCCCGGUGUCUAUAAGGGAGUAUCCUUUGCAGAUAAAUGAGAUUUUUUGAUUUCUUAAAAAGCCAGCUGCAGUGAAGAAGAACUGCUGCAGGUCGAGGGGAAGAGAGGUAGGUCCUUGCUGGAGAGGGAGACGUGGGCUCUGAGGUCCCAGGAGCACGCAGUUGGGGUGAGUGUGGCCGAAAGUGUAGAGGUAGGGUUGUGGGAAAGAAACAGCCGAGGUGAGAGGGAGGGCGCACUCAGGAUGUAGUCGGAGAGAUGGGGAAUAGGUACCGGGGAGUCCUAGCGGAAUGUGGGGCCCAGCUGGAGCCACUUGGGCUUAUAUUUGGCUCCUCUUUGCCUCGCAGAUUUCCUGCUCUUGGAUCUUGAAAAAUACUUUUUGUUGGACAAAGAAAACUAUGAGGACAUAUUUUGGAAGAGAGAUAGGACUGAAGAGCUGACUUCUGGAAACUUUCCUUGGCAGCUUUGGUAGUAAAACUCCGUUCAGGCAGCGUUUAUUGAGCACCUAUUACGUGGUUUGUACUGGACUUUGGAAGAGUCUGGACAGGCAGGGAAUUCCCGUUUGCAGUAAUGGUGAGGGCUGUCUACCUUAUAAACAACCAAGGGGCCCCUCCCAGUGCCAAGAAUGAGAGUGAUUCAGACCUUCCUCGCCAAAGCAUCUGGGACCUCUGCUUCUUACCUGUGGGAAGAACCCUGCACCACAUCCCGUAAAUGGGGUGUUCAGGCAGCAUUUAUUUUUACAGUCCAAAAAUAGUGACCAAACACCUACUGUCAGCUAGGUCAGAGUUGGGGUUCUUGCUUCACCUGUCUUGACACCAACUAACUAAAUCCCUGUUAAGAUCCAAGUGCAAGAUGGGGAAGAAUCUGAGAUGAAAAUUAGGUGGUUAAAACAGGGGUCACGAAAGUUAAUUUGGGGUGUUUGAUCUCUGUAGGUUACUUAUGGAGCCCCCCAUAAAAUGAUUAGGUAAUCUAUGGAGCCAGGGAAAAAUUCCACAAUCUUGAAUUGGCACAGUUUAUUUACAUAUUUGAACACUUUGUAUUAGAUUUGUCUCGUUUUUAUUUAGGGUGUAUGUGUGCGUGUUGAUUAAAACCUAACAGAUUAGAAGGUUGGAGAGGAAACUGUCCUUAGAUGACCCAGCCUUCCAUUACCAUGUGGAGUAGCAUAUGAUGCAACAGUUAAGGUAUUGAGCCAUAUUCAUAUUGUUUUCUCCCUGCUGUGUUUUCCAGCAUUUAAAAAACGUGGUAAAAACUUGGCCCCUUUUUUUCUCAAAAUCGCUAAAGUUUAAUGGAAAAAAAAGAGAAAAGAAAAAAACUAGGCCCCCUUUUCCCUUAAUUUUUAUAUUAUGCAGAGUUUUUAAAAAAUAAUUUUAGAAAAUUCUGAUGUGUUUGUCAUGUCCAAAUAGUUAAAUUGUUUUGGUAGCUAUAGUUUGGAAAUUAGACUUGAUUCCUUUCUCAGUACUGCAGACAAAAUAGCUAUUAAAGUCAAAAGUUUGUCAAAACUUUGUAAUCAUGAUUAUUAUGUUGUUGAAGUGGUAGCUUGUAAAGGAUUUCAGUUAUUUUUAAUUGCAGCUGGUGUUUGACAUUCUAAGAAACACCAGUUAAUAUUUGUUGAGUGCCAGCAGGAAGCAGAGAACUGGAGUGGGUGCUGUGGGAUCUUAACAAGGCAGGAGAGGAUUCUCGUAGUAAUCACAGAGAGCAGAUAAGACAGGCACACAUGAGGAUGCCAGCAGAAGCAGAUAGUUAUAGUUGUCUAAGAAUCCAGGGUGUGUGGAACCAGAUGAAAGUGUAUGAAGUAUGUUGAGGGAGGAGUGGAAAUCUGAAUUGACUUUUGACAGUGGUCAGGGAGGUGGAACAGAAUAUAUGACUAAUAAAGGAGGGUAGAGGGAACCUAGUUAGUGAAAAACUUAACCACAAGUCAGUGGUGUUAAUCAUUUGCCUCAAGACCAGUGGCUCUCAGAAGUAGGCAGUUUUGCUUCUCAGCAGACCUUGAGGAAUGUUGGAGACAUUUAUGGUUAUCAUAGCUAGGCGGCAGGUGCUGCUGUCAUCUAGUGGCUAGAGGACAGGGAUGCUACAUAAGCAUCCUACUGUGCACAGGACAUCAACCCCCUUCCUCCUAAACAAAGAAUGAUCCUGUCCAAAAUGGCGAUAGUGCCUGCCCUUAGAUCUCAGAAUAGGUCUUGAAGGGAGGUGGUUCUUGACAUGGGAGGAAUAAUAACAUUGAGCUUAGGGAGCUGAUGUGGGAGACUUCUGUGAUCAGGUCUGGUGUGAGUAGGGUCUGGGCAAUUCCUUAUUGAAAGAAAGGGGCAGUUUGGAGGGAGAUCAUAGCAGAUGAACACAGUAUGAUAGUGGAGUAAGUUGAGAAUCAUAGAAUCAGAAUUGGCAUUUUAGAGGGGCCCUGUCCAAUUUAUUGAUUUUAAUAAAUUCUUUCCCUUUCUAGGUAACCUUUGUUUAAAUAACCCCAGGAACUGUGGACUUCUUCUCCUGAAGACAGGAAGUGCACGGCUGUCUAUAACGUGCUGCCGGGUCCCAGGAUGGAGGAGUGAAGUCUCUCGUCGCCGCGGUUCCAGCCUCCGGAGCUCGCCCAAGCCGAGUCCCCAGAGAGAGCCCUGAGGGAACAGGGUGGCCGCUUGGUCCAGGAAUGUUUACCCUUGCGGAAGUUGCAUCACUUAAUGACAUUCAGCCAACUUACCGAAUCCUGAAACCAUGGUGGGAUGUGUUUAUGGAUUACCUGGCUGUUGUUAUGUUAAUGGUAGCCAUCUUUGCAGGAACCAUGCAACUUACCAAAGAUCAGGUGGUCUGUUUGCCAGUAUUGCCAUCUCCUGUAAAUUCAAAGGCACAUACAUCACCAGGAAAUGCCGAGGUCACCACCAACAUCCCGAAGAUGGAAGCAGCCACCAACCAAGACCAAGAUGGGCGGACAACAAAUGACAUUUCCUUUGGGACUUCUGCUGUGACACCUGACAUACCUCUCAGAGCCACAUAUCCUCGCACAGAUUUCGCACUUCCAAGUCAGGAGGCAAAGAAAGAAAAGAGAGAUCCAACAGGUCGAAAAACAAACUUGGAUUUUCAGCAAUAUGUAUUUAUUAAUCAGAUGUGUUACCAUCUGGCCCUUCCGUGGUAUUCUAAGUACUUUCCAUACCUUGCUCUUAUACAUACUAUUAUUCUCAUGGUCAGUAGCAACUUUUGGUUCAAAUAUCCCAAAACAUGCUCAAAAGUAGAACAUUUUGUUUCAAUACUAGGAAAGUGCUUUGAAUCCCCUUGGACUACAAAAGCGUUGUCUGAGACAGCAUGCGAAGACUCAGAGGAAAACAAGCAGAGAAUAACAGGUGCCCAGACUCUACCAAAGCAUGUGUCUACCAGCAGUGAUGAAGGGAGCCCCAGUGCCAGUACACCAAUGAUCAGUAAAACCGGCUUUAAAUUUUCAGCUGAGAAACCUGUGAUUGAAGUUCCCAGCAUGACCAUCCUAGAUAAAAAGGAUGGAGAGCAGGCCAAAGCCCUGUUUGAGAAAGUGAGGAAGUUCCGUGCUCAUGUGGAAGAUAGUGACUUGAUCUAUAAACUCUAUGUCGUCCAAACAGUUAUCAAAACAGCCAAGUUCAUUUUUAUUCUCUGCUAUACAGCGAACUUUGUCAACGCAAUCAGCUUUGAACAUGUCUGCAAGCCCAAAGUUGAGCAUCUGACUGGUUAUGAGGUAUUUGAGUGCACCCACAAUAUGGCUUACAUGUUGAAAAAGCUUCUCAUCAGUUACAUAUCCAUUAUUUGUGUUUAUGGCUUUAUCUGCCUCUACACUCUCUUCUGGUUAUUCAGGAUACCUUUGAAGGAAUAUUCUUUCGAAAAAGUCAGAGAAGAGAGCAGUUUUAGUGACAUUCCAGAUGUCAAAAACGAUUUUGCGUUCCUUCUCCACAUGGUGGACCAGUAUGACCAGCUAUAUUCCAAGCGUUUUGGUGUGUUCUUGUCAGAAGUUAGUGAAAAUAAACUUAGGGAAAUUAGUUUGAACCAUGAGUGGACAUUUGAAAAACUCAGGCAGCACGUUUCACGCAAUGCCCAGGACAAGCAGGAGUUGCAUCUGUUCAUGCUGUCGGGGGUGCCCGAUGCUGUCUUUGACCUCACAGACCUGGAUGUGCUAAAGCUUGAACUAAUUCCAGAAGCUAAAAUUCCUGCUAAGAUUUCUCAAAUGACUAACCUCCAAGAGCUCCACCUCUGCCACUGCCCUGCAAAAGUUGAACAGACUGCUUUUAGCUUUCUUCGCGAUCACUUGAGAUGCCUUCACGUGAAGUUCACCGAUGUGGCUGAAAUUCCUGCCUGGGUGUAUUUGCUCAAAAACCUUCGAGAGUUGUACUUAAUAGGCAAUUUGAACUCUGAAAACAACAAGAUGAUAGGACUUGAAUCUCUCCGAGAGUUGCGGCACCUUAAGAUUCUCCACGUGAAGAGCAAUUUGACCAAAGUUCCCUCCAACAUUACAGAUGUGGCUCCACAUCUUACAAAGUUAGUCAUUCAUAAUGACGGCACUAAACUCUUGGUACUGAACAGCCUUAAGAAAAUGAUGAAUGUCGCUGAGCUGGAACUCCAGAACUGUGAACUAGAGAGAAUUCCACAUGCUAUUUUCAGCCUCUCUAAUUUACAGGAACUGGAUUUAAAGUCAAAUAACAUUCGCACAAUUGAGGAAAUCAUCAGUUUCCAGCAUUUAAAACGACUGACUUGUUUAAAAUUAUGGCAUAACAAGAUUGUUACUAUUCCUCCCUCUAUUACCCAUGUCAAAAACUUGGAAUCACUUUAUUUCUCUAACAACAAGCUCGAAUCCUUACCAGUGGCAGUAUUUAGUUUACAGAAACUCAGAUGCUUAGAUGUAAGCUACAACAACAUUUCAAUGAUUCCAAUAGAAAUAGGAUUGCUUCAGAACCUGCAGCAUUUGCAUAUCACUGGGAACAAAGUGGACAGUCUGCCAAAACAAUUGUUUAAAUGCGUAAAGUUGAGGACUUUGAAUCUGGGACAAAACUGCAUCACCUCACUCCCAGAGAAAGUUGGUCAGCUCUCCCAGCUUACUCAGCUGGAGCUUAAGGGGAACUGCUUGGACCGCCUGCCAGCCCAGCUGGGCCAGUGUCGGAUGCUCAAGAAAAGCGGGCUUGUUGUGGAAGAUCACCUUUUUGACACCCUGCCACUCGAAGUCAAAGAGGCAUUGAAUCAAGACAUAAAUAUUCCCUUUGCAAAUGGGAUUUAAACUAAGAGAAUACGUGCACAGCGAUGUGCAGGAACAACUUCCUAGAUUGCAAGUGCUCACGUACAAGUUAUUACAAAAUAAUGCAUUUUAGGAGUAGAUACAUCUUUUAAAAUAAAACACAGAGAGGAUGCAUAGAAGGCUGAUAGAAGACAUAACUGAAUGUUCAACAUUUGUAGGGUUUUAAGUCAUUCAUUUCCAAAUCUUUUUUUUUUUUUUUCUUCUUCUGGGGAAAGGGAAGGAAAAAUUAUAAUCACUAAUCUUGGUUAUUUUUAAAUUGUUUGUAACUUGGAUGCUGCCGCUACUGAAUGUUUACAAAUUGCUUGCCUGCUAAAGUAAAUGAUUAAAUUGACAUUUUCUUACUAUA